GAAAAUAAACAUGCUGUGAAAAACGUAACAUAUAGAGAUUGAUUUUAACUGUCUUUUUUCUUUCUUUCUCUUUCUUUAUUUUCUCUGUUUGUAAAGUAAGUGGAGCCAAUGACUCAUCAUCUUCUAGAAGCAGCAAGAGUGUGUUUCAAGAAGAAUGAAAAUGAACCACUAUGGAAGUUACCAGAACCAAUUUUCCUUCAUCAGACACUUUUCCAAAAAUGGCAAUGGUAUCAGAAUUCCUCAAGCAGGCCUGGUUUAUUGAAAAUGAAGAGCAGGAAUAUGUUCAAACUGUGAAGUCAUCCAAAGGUGGUCCCGGAUCAGCAGUGAGCCCCUAUCCUACCUUCAAUCCAUCCUCGGAUGUCGCUGCCUUGCACAAGGCCAUAAUGGUUAAAGGUGUGGAUGAAGCAACCAUCAUUGACAUUCUAACUAAGCGAAACAAUGCCCAGCGUCAACAGAUCAAAGCAGCAUAUCUCCAGGAAACAGGAAAGCCCCUGGAUGAAACACUGAAGAAAGCCCUUACAGGUCACCUUGAGGAGGUUGUUUUAGCUCUGCUAAAAACUCCAGCGCAAUUUGAUGCUGAUGAACUUCGUGCUGCCAUGAAGGGCCUUGGAACUGAUGAAGAUACUCUAAUUGAGAUUUUGGCAUCAAGAACUAACAAAGAAAUCAGAGACAUCAACAGGGUCUACAGAGAGGAACUGAAGAGAGAUCUGGCCAAAGACAUAACCUCAGACACAUCUGGAGAUUUUCGGAACGCUUUGCUUUCUCUCGCUAAGGGUGACCGAUCUGAGGACUUUGGUGUGAAUGAAGACUUGGCUGAUUCAGAUGCCAGGGCCUUGUACGAAGCAGGAGAAAGGAGAAAGGGGACAGACGUAAACGUGUUCAAUACCAUCCUUACCACCAGAAGCUAUCCACAACUUCGCAGAGUGUUUCAGAAAUACACCAAGUACAGUAAGCAUGACAUGAACAAAGUUCUGGACCUGGAGUUGAAAGGUGACAUUGAGAAAUGCCUCACAGCUAUCGUGAAGUGUGCCACAAGCAAACCAGCUUUCUUUGCAGAGAAGCUUCAUCAAGCCAUGAAAGGUGCUGGAACUCGCCAUAAGGCAUUGAUCAGGAUUAUGGUUUCCCGUUCUGAAAUUGACAUGAAUGAUAUCAAAGCAUUCUAUCAGAAGAUGUAUGGUAUCUCCCUUUGCCAAGCCAUCCUGGAUGAAACCAAAGGAGAUUAUGAAAAAAUCCUGGUGGCUCUUUGUGGAGGAAACUAAACAUUCCCUUGAUGGUCUCAAGCUAUGAUCAGAAGACUUUAAUUAUAUAUUUUCAUCCUAUAAGCUUAAAUAGGAAAGUUUCUUCAACAGGAUUACAGUGUAGCUACCUACAUGCUGAAAAAUAUAGUCUUUAAAUCAUUUUUAUAUUAUAACUCUGUAUAAUAGAGAUAAGUUCAUUUUUUAAAAAUGUUUACCCCAAACCAUAAAACCCUAUACAAGUUGUUCUAGUAACAAUACAUGAGAAAGAUGUCUAUGCAGGUGAAAAUAAAAUGACGUCACAAGACAA